AUGGAAGCACUGAGAGAGUCUUUUCUGCAUUUAACUUUUCAGAUGUCAUCGUACAAGAGAGCCACGCUGGACGAGGAGGACCUGGUGGAUUCCACCGCCGACGACAUCUACCCAUCAUCACCUAUGCAGGUGACUCUUCUGCACGGCCGCGGUCCCUCGUGUUGGCCCGACAGGACGCAGAGAGAGAAGAGGCUGCUGUUUUUGCUGUGUGUCGUGUCUGCGGGCCUGUUUAUGUGUCUCAUCACGACCGGCGUCUUCUACAAACGGACUCACCCGGGCUUGUGCCUAACAGAGCCAUGCAUUACUGUGGCCAGUGCAGUCAUGGGAGCCCUGGACCGAUCCGUAGACCCCUGCCAUGACUUCUACAACUUUGCCUGUGGGGGCUGGGUGAAGAGCAACCCUCUCCCCGAAGGCAAGUCCCGCUGGGGACCUUUCAGCAACCUCUGGGAGCAUAACAUGCUUGUAAUGAAGCAUUUAUUAGAAAACACAACGAUGAAAGGUCUGAGCAAGGCUGAGGAAAAGGCCCAGCGAUAUUAUCAGGCCUGCAUGAACGAGGCCAAGAUUGAGGAAUUAGGAGCUAAGCCACUACAAGAGCUAAUCAGCCAGCUCGGAGGAUGGGCCCUGACCGGGUCCUGGGACAAGGACAACUUCCAGGAAGUUUUGCGCAUGGUGUCAGCCAACUACCGAACCUCACCUUUCUUCACUGUGUUUGUCAGCACCGACUCCAAAAACUCCAACAGUAACAUCAUCCAGGUGGAUCAGUCCAGCCUGGGUCUACCUUCACGGGAUUACUACCUCAACAAAACAGCCAAUGAAAAGUAUCUGACAGCAUACCUCAGCUUCCUGGUGGAAUUAGGGGUUCUCCUGGGCGGCUCCGAGGAGACGUCUCGAUCGCUGAUGGAGGAGAUUGUGGACUUUGAAACCACCCUGGCCAACAUCACUGUCCCUCAGGAGGAGAGGAGAGAUGAGGAACUCAUUUAUCAUAAGAUGGAGGCCAAGGAUCUGGCAGGUCUGGUUCCUGCAGUGGACUGGAUGCCAUACCUCACAGAAGUGUUUGCUCCGGUCCCGCUCAACGAGUCAGAGCCGGUGGUUGUUUAUGCCAAAGAAUACCUCCAGAAAGUUUCUGACCUCAUAACUAAAACAAAUAAAAGCCUGCUCAACAACUAUAUGAUAAUGAAGGUGGUGAGGAAGAUGGUGUCCAUUUUAGACCAAAGGUUUCAGGAUGCUGAGCAGCGCUUCCUGGAGGUCAUGUAUGGAACCAAGAAGAGCUGCACUCCACGCUGGAAGCUGUGCGUCAGCGACACCGACAGCGCCCUGGGCUUCGCCCUCGGGGCCAUGUUUGUCAAAGCCACCUUUGCGGAGGACAGCAAGGCCAUUGCUGAAGAUAUGGUUGGAGAAAUUAAAUGGGCCUUUGAGGAAAGCCUGAAGUAUGUGGGCUGGAUGGACUCAGAGACGAAAAAAGCAGCAAAAGAAAAGGCAGAUGCAAUAUACAACAUGGUGGGAUAUCCAGAGUUCAUUAUGAACUCAACAAAGCUCGACAAAGUUUUCAAUGAUUUUGAGGUGGUAUCAGAUCUUUACUUCCAAAACGUCAUGCAGUACUACAACUUCUCGGCCAGAGUGACUGCGGACCAGCUGAGGAAAACUCCCAACAGAAACCAGUGGAGCAUGACCCCGCCGACCGUGAAUGCAUAUUACAACCCGACCAAGAAUGAGAUGGUGCUGCCGGCAGGAAUUCUUCAGGCUCCAUUCUAUAGUCGUUCAUGGCCAAAAGCUCUUAACUUCGGUGGGAUUGGAGUAGUCAUGGGACAUGAACUGACUCACGCUUUUGAUGACCAAGGGAGGGAAUACGACAAGGAUGGAAACCUGCGUCCCUGGUGGAAGAACUCGUCUGUGGAGGCCUUUAAGAAGCAGACCCAGUGCAUGGUGGAGCAGUACGGAAAUUACAGCAUCAACAAGGAGCCGCUGAAUGGACGACACACCCUGGGGGAGAACAUCGCUGACAACGGCGGACUCAAGGCCGCCUAUAAGGCUUACGUGAACUGGGUCAAAAAGAAUGGCGAGGAGGCGACACUGCCUGCGCUGGGAAUGACGAACCAUCAGCUGUUUUUUGUCGGAUUUGCUCAGGUAUGGUGCUCUGUCAGGACGCCGGAAAGCUCACACGAGGGUGUGAUCACAGAUCCUCACAGCCCGUCAAGAUUUAGAGUCAUCGGCACCAUCUCCAAUUCACAGGAGUUCUCGAAGCACUUUGGCUGCAAGGCAGACACUCCCAUGAACCCUAAACACAAGUGUGAGCUUUGGUAA